UUUACAUUAUAUAAAAGAAUAUAUAAUGAAAAAUAAAAGAGUUGAAUAUUUGGCUUUUCUAGAAUAUUUUUCCGAUAAAGAAGAAUAUGAUGACUUGAUUUCAAUGGAAAAUGAAGAAUUUGGAUCAUAUAAUAUUGUAAUUCAAAAGUAUCACGAAUUAAAGAUAUAUAAUCACGAGUUUGUAAGUGAAAUGUAUUGCUAGUUCAUUUACUGUAUAUAUAGAUUUUUUUAAAAUGUAUUAAAUUAUUGUUAUUUAUAAUAAAUAAAAGUUUCUUUUU